UUUAAAAAGAUAAAACGUCGCGCCUCUGUGAAGUAUUCCGCUCUGGUUCCAAACACACAGGGUUUAAUGAACGCUCUCGAGGUGAAACCAGAUGAGGUGGCCGUUUUUACAGCAGCCUCUGAAAUAUUUGCACAAAAAAACAUCAAUUGUUCCAUCGACGAAAGUCUUCGACGGUUCACUGAGGUUUUGCGUAUUUCAAAAGCCAAAGGAGUCCCAGUCCGGGGCUAUAUAUCUUGUGUCCUGGGCUGUCCGUAUGAGGGUUCCGUUUCACCGGACGCGGUAGCUCGAGUUGCGGAGUUACUGUGGAAUCAAGGUUGCUAUGAGAUAUCUUUGGGUGACACUAUUGGCAAAGGAACUCCUGAGAGCAUGAAUCGUUUGCUCACAGUGCUCUUGUCUCGCGGCGGCGCCUGUCCACGUGAAGCAAUAGCCGUACACUGUCACGACACGGGUGGAAAUGCUUUGGCCAAUAUUGAUGUUGCCCUGGAUUCGCAUGGGGUUCGGGUGAUCGAUUCUGCAAUAGGUGGCCUCGGAGGUUGCCCAUACGCCGGCCCAGGUGCCCCCGGAAAUGUGGCCACUGAAGCGGUAGUGCGUUACGUUCGGGACAAAGGUUAUGGUUUACCGACUGGACUGAAUCUGGAACAGUUGAUAACUGUGAGUUUCGCGUUUGAUCGUCCCGUGUUUUUAGUUCCAUAG